CACUUUCUCGAAGCUCAACUACCAGUGCCUUGUCACGUGGUGCGCCGUGCUCCGUCCACUCCCUACGCCGCCGCUCUUAGCAACCGGCUGGCUGCCCGGUUUCCAAGGACGCUCGUGCCUUGGACUUCCAGCCAGGAGAGGCGUGCCCAGGACCCUGACCCUGGAAUCCAGCUCUGCACCGCCCUACCAGAGCCGGACUCGCCGCCGCGAGUGGCCGGAGAUGAGCAGCAAUGAUUCUUCUCUUAUGGCUGGUAUCAUUUACUAUAGCCAGGAAAAGUACUUCCACCAUGUGCAGCAGGCUGCAGUUGCGGGCCUGGAGAAAUUCAGCAAUGACCCCGUGUUGCAUUUCUUUAAAGCCUAUGGAGUCCUCAGAGAAGAGCGCAUCCAGGAUGCCAUCAGUGACCUGGAGAGCAUCCGGAAUCACCCAGACACAUCCCUUUGCUCCAUUAUGGCCCUCCUUUAUGCUCACAAAAGCUGUGAAACCAUUGAUCGAGAAGCAAUUCAGGAGCUGGAGAGCAGCCUGAAGGAAAUACGCAGGACAGCCCCUGAGACAGCCCUGUACUAUGCUAGCCUCUUCCUCUGGCUCAUGGGCUACCACGACAAGGCCAAGGAGUAUAUCGACCACUUUCUGAAGGUCUCCCACAGCUCCAGAGAGGGCUAUGUGCUCAAAGGCUGGGUGGAACUCACCUCAGAUAAACCUCACAUUGUGAAGAAAUCCAUCAAGUACCUGGAGCAAGGAAUUCAGGACACCAAAGAUGUGCUGGGGCUGAUGGGAAAGGCAACAUACUUAAUGAUGCAGCAGAACUACUCGGGGGCCCUGGAAGUGGUGAACCAGAUCACUCUGGCCUCUAGGAACUUUCUGCCCGCCCUCAUCCUGAAGAUGCGCCUGUUCUUGGCUCGGCAGGACUGGGAACAGGCAAUAGAAACCGGACACAGAAUCCUUGAAAAAGAUGAAAGCAAUAUUGAUGCCUGUCAGUUACUAGCUGUGCAUGAGCUUGCAAGAGAAGGAAACAUGACCAUAGCUGCUGAUCACGUCAGAAAUCUGAUUAAAGUGUUAGAAAUGAGAGAGCCCCAAAAUCCAAGCCUCCACCUUAAAAAAAUUAUUGUGAUUAACAGACUGUGUGGGAACCACCAGGUGAUUCUGCAGCUAGUGAGUAGCUUCAUUGAACGCAUCUUCAUGGCCUCUCCCUCCUGUGCCCCUGUGGCCACAGAGCUGGGCUACCUCUUCAUCCUGCAGAACCAAGUGAAGGAGGCAUUUCUGUGGUACUCGGAGGCCAUGAAACUGGAUGAGAACAGCAUGGCUGCCUUGACAGGAAUCAUCUGGUGCCAGAUCUUAAAAGGCCACCUGGAAGAGGCUGAGCACCAGCUGGAAUUCCUGAAGGAGGUGCAGCAGUCCCUCGGGAAGUCUGAGUUGCUGGUUUUCCUCCAAGCCCUUUUGGCAUCCAAGAAGCAUAAGGGGGAGCAGGAGGCCACGGCGCUUCUGAAGGAGGCAGUGGAGCUGCACUUCUCCAGCAUGCAGGGCCUCCCCCUGGGCCCCGAGUACCUCGAACAGCUAGACCCCCUCUUCCUGGUCUGCAUCGCCAAGGAAUACUUGCACUUCUGCCCCAAGCAGCCCCGGGCACCAGGCCAGAUCCUGUCUCCACUUCUUAAACAAGUCACUGUGAUCUUGAGUCCUGUCGUGAAAGCAGUCCCAGCUAUGAUGGAACCCCUCUUUGUGAUGGCUCAGGUCAAGUAUCUUUCAGGGGAGCUGGAGAAUGCCCAGAGCGUCCUGCAGCGUUGCCUGGAGCUGGACCCCACGUCUGCAGAUACCCACCUCCUCAUGUCCCAGAUCCACCUGGCUCAGGGCAACUUUGCUAUGUGCUCCCACAGCUUAGAGCUGGGUGUCAGCCACAACUUUCAGGUCCGAGACCACCCCCUCUACCACUUCAUCAAGGCCAGGGCCCUCAACAAAUCUGGAGACCAUCCAGAGGCCAUCAAGACACUGAAAAUGAUCAUGAAACUGCCAACUGUGAAGGUGGAGGAAGGCAAGAAGUUUCGUGGGUCUCCCUUGCCGCCCAGAGAGCGAGUGUCCAUCCUGCUGGAACUGGCAGAUGCCCUCCGGCUGAAUGGGGAGCUGCAUGAGGCCACCAAAGUCAUGCAAGAUGCCAUUAAUGAAUUCAGUGGUACAUCAGAGGAGAUCCGCAUCACCAUUGCCAACGUGGACUUGGCCCUAAGCAAGGGCAAUGUGGACAUGGCAUUGAGUAUGCUGAGGAACGUCACUCCCAAGCAGCCCUGCUACAUGGAAGCCAAGGAGAAGAUGGCCAGCAUCUACCUGCAUACCUGCAAAGACAUCCGCCUCUACAUUGGAUGCUACCGGGAACUCUGUGAACAUCUGCCCGGCCCCCACACCAGCCUGCUUCUUGGUGAUGCUUUCAUGAAUAUUCAGGAACCUGAAAAGGCCCUAGAGGUCUAUGACGAGGCCUAUAGGAAGAACCCGCACGACGCCUCCCUGGUCAGCAGGAUUGGGCAAGCUUAUGUGAAGACCCACCAGUAUGCCAAGGCAAUUAAUUAUUAUGAGGCUGCCCAGAAGAUUAGUGGGCAGGACUUUCUGUGCUGUGAUCUGGCUGAACUGCUCAUGAAGCUAAAGAAGUUCAACAAAGCAGAAAAAGUUUUGAAACAGGCACUGGGACGUGACUUUGCCAAAGACUUCCCAUCCAUGAUGAAUGAUGUUAAGUGCUUGCUUCUGCUGGCAAAAGUUUACAAGAACUAUAAAAAAGAAGAUGUGGUAGAUACUUUGAACAAGGCCUUGGACCUCCAGUCUCGGAUACUGAAGCGGAUUCCACUGGAGCAACCAGAAAUGAUCCCCUCCCAGAAGCAAAUGGCAGCCUUCAUCUGUAUCCAGUUUGGGGAGCACUACUUGGCAGAGAAGGAAUAUGCCAAGGCAGUGCGUUCUUAUAAGGAUGCCCUCUCCUACUCACCCAUUGACAAUAAAGUACUGUUGGAGCUGGCACACCUCUACCUGCUCCAGGGACACCUGGACCUGUGUGAGCAGCACUGCACCACCCUCCUGCAGACAGAGAAGACCCAGGAGAGCGCCUCUGUGAUGAUGGCUGACCUGAUGUUUAGAAAACAGAAAUAUGAAGAGGCCAUCAAUCUAUACCAACAAGUCCUGGAGAAAGCGCCAGACAAUUUUUCGGUAUUGAAUAAAUCAAUUGAUCUGCUACGAAGAAGUGGCAAACUUGAAGAGGCACCUGCCUUCUUUGAAUCAUCCAAGAAGAUAUCCAGUCGGGUACCUUUGGAACCAGGGUUCAACUACUGCAAAGGCAUCUACUCUUGGCACGUAGGGCAGCCCAACGAAGCCUUGAAGUUCCUAAACAAAGCUCGGAAGGACAGCACUUGGGGCCCGUAUGCCACUUACUAUAUGGUGCAGAUCUGUCUGAACCCAGACAACGAGCUUGUGGGUGGACAGGCUUUUGAGAACCUGAUGACUGAAAGCAACUCCACCAACAGGAAGGAAUUGGAGCAGCACGGGGUGCGCACGGCAGAGAAGCUGCUGCGCGAGUUCUACCCUCACUCUGCCUUUGACCAGACCCAGCUGAGGCUCCUACAGAGCCUUUGCCUGAUGGCCACCAGGGAGAAGGCGAACGUGGAGGUGGCACUUGGUACCUUCAUCGAGAUGGCACAGGCGGAGAAGGACAACACCCCUGCCCUGCUGGCCAUGUCGCAAGCCUACAUGCUACUGAAGCAGAUUCCCAAGGCACGUACCCAGCUGAAGCGCCUGGCCAAGGUCGCUUGGUCGCUGGCCGAGGCCGAGGACCUGGAGAAGAGCUGGCUCCUGCUGGCGGACAUCUACUGCCAAGGCGGCAAAUACGACCUGGCCUCGGAGCUACUGCGGCGCUGCAUACAGUACAACAAGUCCUGCUGCAAGGCCUAUGAGUAUAUGGGCUUCAUCAUGGAGAAGGAACAGUCCUACAAGGACGCAGCCACCAACUACGAGCUGGCCUGGAAGUAUAGUCAUCAUGCCAACCCCACCAUUGGUUUCAAACUUGCUUUCAACUACUUGAAGGACAAGAAAUUUCUGGAAGCCAUUGAAGUCUGCCACAGUGUACUCAUGGAGCACCCCAACUACCCCAAGAUCAGAGAGGAGAUUUUGGGAAAAGCCCAAGGGUCGCUGAGGAUCUAGCUGUGGUCGGAGGGACUCUGGGCCUAUGGAAACCGUAAACCUUGAGCAGUUUCCUGGAGGGGGUGGGAAGUGGGUUAUUGGAGAAGAAAUUCAGAAAAUAACAUAUUCUUCCCUAUUUCUAUUAUGAAUGUGGUUUAUUUGGAAUCAUGUCUCAAUGGACCUGAAAGGCAACCCAAAGCUUUACCUUUUUUUUUUUUUUUUUUGUACUAGAGAUUGAACCCAGAGGUAAUUAACCACUGAGUCACAUACUUUGUCCUUAUUUUUUAUUUUGAGACAGGGUCUCACAGAGCUUCACUAAGUUGCUGAGGCUGGCUUUGAACUUGUGAUCCUCCUUCCUCAGCCUCCCAAUCCACUGGGAUUACAGGCAUGCGCCAAGACAUCCAACUCAAAGCUUUUCAUUUUUAAGGUCCAAAGAGUAAUUUUGCUAUAGGGAAGAAAGACAUCAAUUGGCUUAGCUUUUGUUCACUGGGCACUUUAUAAUAGGCCCUACUUUAAUACUAGACUCUUGAGAGGGCAGAUAUCCACUCCCUCACCGCAUUUUUUGUAAUGGGGAUGGAAUUCAGAAGCACUUUACCAUUGAGCUACAUCACCAACCCUUUUCAAUUUUUGAGACAGGGUCUUGCUAAGUUGCUGAGACUGACCUGGAACUUAUGAUCCUCCUGCCUCAGCCUCCUGAGUUACUGGGAUUACAGGCAUGCACCAGUGUCCAGCUCCUGUAGCUAUUUUUAAAUGCCUCCCCACUUCUGUCUGGUUCCCAGCAUUCUGGAGCUAAAGAAGCACUGUUCCUCCCUGUCAUGCUACCCAGUGAGUCUCCACUGGGAAUGGGCCCAGGAUACUCUGGGCAAUGGACCCAGACAGGAGACUCAGGUACAGAAGUCCUCCUCCAGAGUUGAAACCUGGGUGAGAGGGUCUGCAGGUCUGCAAGGGCUAUUGUCCCACCCUGUCACAUGCAUUCUGUCCCUACCCCCUCCCCAAGUCUUCAGCGAGCAUCUGCUGAUCCUCACCAAUUUGGGACAAAUCUGAUUAUUCUUGCCUGAAAUAGGAAAAUACAUUCCAAGAAAAAAAUAAUACCCACUUUAGCAUUUGUAAAAGAUGUUACCAUCUAAUGCAUCCCCCAGGAACCCUUUUAAUGCCCAAGAGGGCAAAUGCAGUGGCCCCUAUUCAGAUGAAUAAUGGAAUUGUAACUAGCAAGAGGGUGACAGAGGUCACCUUUGCUGGGCUCCCGAUACCACUCUUCCUGUUUUUCAGGAUGGCAAUAAUGGGACAGUCCAGCCUCAGGGGAAGGAACUCUGAACUGGAAUUCGGGAGGCCUAAGGUCUCCCAUGUGACCUCCCCAAACCCCUCCCCUCUCUGGUUCUCAGUGUCCCCCUUUAGUGCAAGAAAUUAGACUAGAUGUUUCCCACAUCUUAGUACAACUCUCUGCCAAUGAUGUAUGUAGCCAAUAUUGAAGUUUAAUGAAUGAAUGUAUUUAUUUCUGUAGUGCUGGGAUGGAACCCAGGGCCUCACUCAUGAUAGGCAAGUGGUCUAGCACUGAGCUACACACCAGCCCUCAGUUUAAUAACUAUGUGUUUAUAUAACAGAAGAGUCACUAGCACAAUGAACUCAAGAAUUCAUGAAAAUUGUUGCAUAGGAUGGGUCUAACUAUUAAGCAUAUCGAUAUAUUUUGUUUUAGAAAAGUAUAAAGGGUUUAUUUAGUGAAAUGAAAGUAAUGCUCCAGACACGUGGAGUAGACCACCUCCAAGAGAGGAAAACAGCCCAUAUAAUUGAUUUAAAGAAACAUCCAGGAAGCAGAGGGGUAGAAUUUUCAAGAGAAGUUGUCUAAUGACUAAGGUUGGGAACAGUGAGCAGGUAAGGGUCCCUUUUAGGAAAGUGUCAGUUGUCCUUGAUGGCUGUCAACCUUCUUUUUCUAAUGUAGUACUGAUCGCGUGCAGGACCUCUUGGUGAGUUGGUGCUCUGGAAUGCCCUCUCCGGGUUACUGCCAUCUUUCCUUUAGGAAAACCCCCCUGUCCCUUUUCCUGUGCCUGCUUUACAACCCAGUUUUGUUGGGACAAGUUUGAGAGGCAGGUCUGUCUGGAGAAUUAUUUAUGAAAGGAGUGUGCAUUAACCGUACUUUUUUGUGGCUGUAAAACACAAGUUAUCUUCAUUUAUCUCAAAAAUAAACAAAUAAAAAAACC